AUGGCCUGGCUGGAACGUCAUGAGCCGUGGAUCGAUUGGAGAUCCAAAACUUUAGGCGCAACGCGCAAUGUUCCUAGCGAAGCUUUGGAGAGUCAUGAACCCACCUUCGCUAGAAAACAAAAGUGCUAUUGGCGCGAGCCAUUAACUGAUUCAGUUAGUGUGCUGGACAUUGGAGUGUCUGAGUUGAUAAACUCCGAUGUCAACAAUAAUAGUGUCGAGCAGAGCUCAAUGACACUUAGUGGAACGGCACGUAUUCCGUUGAGUGAUACUCAAAGUAAUAUUGAGACACUGGAUGUCGGUAAUGACAUCGGCUCUCGUAUAGAGCAAGUUAAGGUCGAUGACCUUGUUAGUAAUAUUGGCUGUAAAUGGGAUUUACUGGAUGUCGGUAAUGACAUCGGCUCUCAUAUAGAGCAAGUGAAGGUCGAUGACCUUGUUAGUGAUAUUGGCUGUAAAUGCGAUUCACUGGAUGUCGAUAAUGACAUCGGCUCUCGUAUAGAGCAAGUGAAGGUCGAUGACCUUGUUAGUGAUAUUGGCUGUAAAUGCGAUUCACUGGAUGUCGAUAAUGACAUCGGCUCUCGUAUAGAGCAAGUGAAGGUCGAUGACCUUGUUAGUGAAGUCACUGGUACUAGUGACCCACUGGGUGUCGGUAAUGACAUCGGCCCUCGCAUAGGGCAGGUAAACGACAAGGGGUCUGUUGACCUUGGGGAUGAUAAUAUCCCAAGUACUUUGAAGAGUACGGUCUCGUCAAUGAGACGGCAGCGUCGCCAGAUGGCGGCUGCGAGACGCAAAGCGUCUGUUUUAUCGCAUAGUAAUGUCAAUGACCAGUUGUACACCCUGGUCAACGGAGUGACAGGUGAUGUAGAUGGUGAGGUUGACCUUGAGGCCCUCCCGUCAUUAAAUGCUCUCUUAGAGCUAGACGAAAUGUCUGUGCAUGAAUUUCGUCAAGCCUUGAAGACUGGUAUUCUAUCCGAUAUGGUGGUCAUUCGACCUAACUCGAGCUGA